AUGGGUAGUCUGGAUGACACUCUGCGGUUGGAGGCUUCAGAAACUUCUCCAUUGGCAGGAGAAACGCCGUUUGCCUCGGCUGUUCGGCCCACCGCAUCGGGGUUGCAAUGGUUGGCCGUUCCUUCUGCAAAAGCAGGUUUGGCGUAUCGAAUUGUAGGGGGCGCAUCUUUGGAACGUCUAGACAUUGGUGAAGGCGUCUCUAUUGCUGCUGCAACUAGCAUUCACGCACCCGCAACGCACAUUUGUACUUGCUUUGAUGGGCGAUUGGUGGCAGUUACUUGCAUUGAUGGAUCCAUGGAAUGUUUUGAUUCUACGUCUUCUGGCCUAGAGUCACGAUGGAUAAUAACCAAUUGCCAUUCACACUUUACCAAUGACCUUUCAGUUCCGCCAUCUUCGGAUCGAUCAAAAGCGGCCAGUGCCUCUGGACCUGUGAGUUCGUUUAGCUUUGCUCCAUCCAGCUACGAAUUGAUGUUGGUGGAUGCGCUGAAGGGAAGUCUGGCAAUCUACAAUGCUGUCAAUGCCCAACCAACCAAUGAACUGACACACAAUGCUCCAUCAGGUGUUCUGAGCGCAUCAUGGUCCACCAGUAGUGACGUACCAGUGCUAGCAUUCGGGAACGAGGAUGGAUCGAUUGAAAUAUGCCGCUACCAAGACAAUUCACUGGCAUGGCUCAAAACAUUGGAAUGUCCUCAUGAAGAAGAAGAUUUUUGCUGCACACACUUGGAUUGGUCCAAACAAUAUCUUCUGGUCGGUCUGUGUAAAGUCAAUCGCGGUGAUGAAGAAGCUGACGAAGAGGACGAAGACGAUACAGCCGAACACGAGGCUGCCAUGUACAUGACUUCCAUGGACAUGGCAUCUUUUAGUCCUGGAGAAUGGCACGAAUUGGGAGAUGUCGUGCCCUUUUUCAGUGUUCCCAGGAGUGGUCGCCAUGCAUUCUUUUCAUUCUUUGUGCAUCCUAUCAAGCAUCCACUCUGUGUGGUGGCUGCUAAUGUGGGUACGGAUGUCGCCGUCUUGGCCGAAGAGGAUGGCAGCUGGGCUGUUAUCGAAUUUGAAGAGGGUAAUGAACCUACUACUCCUACAGACGAUGAAGACGAAUUUAGUUUUCCAAUUGGAGUUGGAGUAGUUCCGCUUGCUUCGGGAUUUUUUCAACUCUUACUUCCUACUACGGAUGGAUCGCUUUCUACAUUUACAUUUCGAAAGGAAGACGAGCCCGAGGCUGUCAAGGUGGUCAAUAUACUUUCUACGGAUCUUGAAGAUGGCGCGGUGGAGAUGAUUGAAGCUGCGUCACCUCCUGACUUGGCAGAGGAACCACCUGUACCUGGACUGGCGGGAAAGAUAAGUAGUACACAAACCUUUGGCGCGGGGUAUGGCGACAGUUUCUCCUUUGUCCCAACCACAAUUGCUGCCCCUUCAACCGGUGACGACAAGCCAAUAUUCGGAUUUGGCGGAUCUGCCUCAUCCAACACAACUUUUGGGUCAACUUCCACCUUUGGUGGUGGGGGAUUCGGUCAGCCAUCCACCCUUGGUGGUGGCAGUUCGGGGACGCCCGAAGCAAAAGCAGCAUCCAUAUCUGCCGCUUCCACUGGUGGCGACAAGCCAGUAUUCGGUGGAUCUAUCUCAUCCAACCCAACCUUUGGUGGCAGUGCGUUCGGCCAAACAUCAUCCAAAUUUGGUGGUGGGGGAUUCGGGCAGCCAUCUACUCUUGGUGGUAGCAGUGCCGAAUCACCAGAAGCAAAAGCAGCACCCGUAUUGGAAGCAACUGCAACUCUAUCCAGUGGUCCAGUGUUUGGAUCAGGAACCAAAGCAGGAAUCAGUGGUGGGUUUGCUGCUCUGUCAGCUUCUCCUCCUUCCAGUGGUUUUGGAUCGACUUUUUCAGAUACUUCCACAAAGAAACCUUUCUAUUCGGAACCCUCUGCAUUUGCAUCUCCGCCAAAGAAGGGUGAAGCCGAAAAUAGUGCACCACAAGCCUUCAAGACCACAGGAUCACAGACUCCAAGCACAGCCACUCCAGCUAUCAGUACGCCAGCCAAUACCAGCGAUGCACUAGCGUUUGGCUCUGGCUCCAAGGCACCAUCCUUUACUUUUGGAGUACCGUCGGCCAGUCCAUUUGCAUUCAAUACUACAAGUGCAACCACACCUGCGGAAUCGCCUUUCAAUGCCUUCAGCUCCUCCAAGACGUCGCCUUCUCAAGGAUUCAUGGCUAAGCCACUGUUUGGAACAAAAAAGGAACAAGUGAAAGUUACAGAAUCAGAGAAGCCAUUGACUCCAAAAGCACCACCAGUGGUUCUGCCGACCGCUGAUAAAUACUCGGCUGCUGGCAAAUCGGCCGCGCGAGUAUUUGACACACUUGAUGAAGAGAAAGCUGGUGCUCUUGCCAUUGACUCCUUUGAGAACCUUAGUGAAGAGUUGGGUGAAGGAUUCCAUGGCGAUGAAUACGACAAACAAAUCACCAUCAUCGAUCCAUCAGGAUCUGGAUUCAUUCAACGCACUGCAUUCAUCGAUUGGUACACCGAGUUAGUCGAAGGAGAUGACAAUGAUGGUUCAUCGAUCGACUCUGACGAAAGAGCCGAACGUGAAGAAGAACGCGAAAAGGCACUAGCAGCCUUCCAAAAUCUAUCCGGUGGUAACGAUACAAUACCAGAGACGGACUUUCAAAGACUAAUCGAAAGCUUGAACACCGUGUACUGCGCGGAAGAGCACCGAAAGACAUUAAAAAUCAUCGCACGGGGUGGCGAGAUCCAUGAGUUGGACUUUCUCAGCUGGUAUGUGGGUUGGCUGUUUGGUGGUGAUGAAUCAUCCGACGAAGAAGAAUACAGCGAUACAGAAGCGUCAGCAGGCGCAAAGAAUACAUCCUCAAAAUCCGGAAGUCUGGGUGCGAUGUUCUCGGUUGACAAGGACAGUUGGAAAUGUGAAAUUUGUUCUGUGCGAAACAACGGGGACUCAAAGAAAUGCUUAGCAUGCGAGUCGGUUCGACCUGGAUUUGAAGAUGAUGUGGCGAAAGCAGAGAAGGCAGCAGCAGAAAGCUCUGGAUCUGCUAUCGGGUCAAGCGGCUUCUCGUUUGGAGGGUCGUCAUCAAGUGGUGGAAUUGGAGCUGGUGGCUUUGCUUUUGGAGCCCCAGCUCCGAUAUCAGCAGAUUCAGGCAUCAGUAGCGGAGGUGGCUUUACUUUUGGCGCCCCAGCUCCAGCAUCUGGUGGCUUUACAUUUGGUGCACCAAAAUCAGAUGCUCCAAAGCCUUUGACGGAAUCUGGAUUCACAUUUGGAGGGCCAGCUGCCAGGGUUGCGGCGACUACACCAAAAUCAGACGAAGCCGGUACUGGUUUCCAUUUCACACCAGCGAAACUAUCUACUGCAAAUUCAGAUCAAAGUCUUUCCGAUGCUGGCAAAUCGGCUGCUAGGGUGUUCGAUACUAUCGACGAGGAGAAAGGUGGAUCUUUACCAAUUGACUCAUUCGAGAAUCUCAGUGAAGAGUUAGGUGAGGGAUUCCAUGGUGACGAAUAUGACAAGCAAAUCGCCAUCAUCGAUCCAAAUCGAUCUGGGAAAAUCACGAGAACCGCUUUCAUUGAUUGGUACACAGAGUUGGUUGAAGGCGAUGACGACGAUGGCUCAUCCAUCAACUCUGAAGAGAAGGCAGAACGAGAAGAAGAAAGACAAAAGGCACAGGACGCCUUCCAAGAUUUGUCAGGCAGGGACAGUACCAUUCCUGCAUCUGAUUUCCAGAAGCUCGUCGAAAGUAUGAAUACUGUGUACUGUGAGGAAGAGCACCGAAAGACUCUGAAGAAAAUCACCAAGGAUGGAAAGAUCAAGGAGUCAGACUUCCUCAGUUGGUAUGUAGACUGGCUUUUCGGUGGUGAUGAAUCGACGGACGAAGAAGACGACGACGAUGACGCAGAAGCAUCGGCAGGCGCAAAGGAUACAUCCUCAAAAUCCGGAAGUCUGGGUGCGAUGUUCUCGGUUGACAAGGACAGUUGGAAAUGUGAAAUUUGUUCUGUACGAAACAAUGGGGACUCAAAGAAAUGCUUGGCAUGCGAGUCGGUUCGACCUGGAUUUGAAGAUGAUGUGGCGAAAGCAGAGAAGGCAGCAGCAGAAAGCUCUGGAUCUGCUAUCGGGUCAGGCGGCUUCUCAUUUGGAGGGUCGUCAUCAAGUGGUGGAAUCGGAGCUGGUGGCUUUGCUUUUGGAGCCCCAGCUCCGAUAUCAGCAGAUUCAGGUAUCAGUAGCGGAGGUGGCUUUACAUUUGGCGCCCCAGCUCCAGCAUCUGGUGGCUUUACAUUUGGUGCACCAAAAUCAGAUGCUCCAAAGCCUUUGACCGAAUCUCCCAAACUAUUGACGGACACCAAACCUGCGAAUUCAGAUCAAGGUCUUUCCGAUGCUGGCAAAUCUGCUGCCCGGAUAUUCGACACCCUCGACGAGGAGAAAGGUGGAUCUUUACCAAUUGACUCAUUCGAGAAUCUCAGUGAAGAGUUAGGUGAGGGAUUCCAUGGUGACGAAUAUGACAAGCAAAUCGCCAUCAUCGAUCCAAAUCGAUCUGGGAAAAUCACGAGAACCGCUUUCAUUGAUUGGUACACAGAGUUGGUUGAAGGCGAUGACGACGAUGGCUCAUCCAUCAACUCUGAAGAGAAGGCAGAACGAGAAGAAGAAAGACAAAAGGCACAGGACGCCUUCCAAGAUUUGUCAGGCAGGGACAGUACCAUUCCUGCAUCUGAUUUCCAGAAGCUCGUCGAAAGUAUGAAUACUGUGUACUGUGAGGAAGAGCACCGAAAGACUCUGAAGAAAAUCACCAAGGAUGGAAAGAUCAAGGAGUCAGACUUCCUCAGUUGGUAUGUAGACUGGCUUUUCGGUGGUGAUGAAUCGACGGACGAAGAAGACGACGACGAUGACGCAGAAGCAUCGGCAGGCGCAAAGGAUACAUCCUCAAAAUCCGGAAGUCUGGGUGCGAUGUUCUCGGUUGACAAGGACAGUUGGAAAUGUGAAAUUUGUUCUGUACGAAACAAUGGGGACUCAAAGAAAUGCUUGGCAUGCGAGUCGGUUCGACCUGGAUUUGAAGAUGAUGUGGCGAAAGCAGAGAAGGCAGCAGCAGAAAGCUCUGGAUCUGCUAUCGGGUCAGGCGGCUUCUCAUUUGGAGGGUCGUCAUCAAGUGGUGGAAUCGGAGCUGGUGGCUUUGCUUUUGGAGCCCCAGCUCCGAUAUCAGCAGAUUCAGGUAUCAGUAGCGGAGGUGGCUUUACAUUUGGUGCACCGCAAAAUGAUUCUCCUUCGAAUCCCGUUGAUAGCUCAGCAACAACGGCUACAACGUCAACAAGUUCUGCUGCAUUCCCUCCGAUGUCGACAAAGGCACCGACGCCAUUUAGUGCGAAAAAAAAACCACCUGCCAGUGGUGCAACGGAAUCAAAGCCUGCAAAUCCUUUCUCUGGAAUUUCUUUGGUACCCUCAAAGCCACUUGAGACCGCAGCAAAAAAGGCAACUGUACCCGGAAUUUCGGCCGCAUUCCCUCCUAUGUCAUCCAAGGCACCAACACCUUUUGGAGGUGGACAAGUCAAGGCGACUACAUCGACCAGUUCCGCUACAUUCCCUCCGAUGUCGACAAAUGCACCGACGCCAUUUAGUGCAAAAACAACACCUGCCAGCGGUGCAACGGAAUCAAAGCCUACAAAUCCUUUCUCUGGAGUUUCUUUGGUAACCACGAAGCCACUUGAAACCGCAGCAAAGAAGACAAUUGUACAGGGAAGUUCCGCCGCGUUCCCUCCGAUGUCGACUAAGGCACCAACACCAUUCGGAGGAGGGCAAGCUAAGGCAACUACAUCGACCAGCUCCGCCGCUUUCCCUCCGAUGUCGACUAAGGCACCAACACCAUUCGGAGGAGGGCAAGCUAAGGCAACUACAUCAUUCAUUGGAAAGGCUGCGUCUGGUAUAUCGCAGAGUCAGCUCUCGGCCGCACCGAUGACCACAGUAUCGACAUUUGGAGGUCCGUCAACGAAGGCUGCUACACCGGACAGUUCCGCCGCAUUCCCUCCGAUGUCCGCUAAGGCACCGACACCAUUCGGAGGUGGCCAAGCUAAGACACUUUUCAGUGCAUCAUCGUCUACUACUAAUGCAACAAAGGUAUCGAGUGGUUCUUACCCACACGUCGCUUCCAAGGCACCAACUCUGUUUGGUGUAGGUAAUGCAACUGCAAAGGCACAAGCCUCUGUAGGGACAAUCAACGCAGCAGUUGCAGCAAAACCGCCCUCACAGCUCGUAGCACAAUCUGCGACGAAACAGAAUGAUCGACUAGGCAUUGGAAAAUUACGUUCAAGCCUUUCACAAAAUACAUCAGACGCUGGGAUCAAAUUUGUUGAACUGACAACUAAAAUGGAAGAAAUGCUAUAUCGCGUUGGUGGACUGCAGGGAAAGACUGAGCUUGAUGGUGACUUUGAGGAUAGGAUUCAAUCAAUGGUUGAUCGUGUUCAAAGUAAUCGGGCAUCGUUGACCGCCUCUGGAACAUCGAUAGGAAGCCAGCGCCAAACAAAUACAUUCCUCUUGAGUAGGAAGGUUGACUCCGAACGACAAGUUAGGGAAGCCGCGAGGCUCGUCAAUUUGAUGAUGACAGAAUCGCCUGGAGAAAAGCUUGCAGAUACGCAACCACUAGACUAUCAAUCUGAAAUGAAUCGUCGGAAAUUUGCUGCUGCAGCAGUUGGCGUUGUUGGGCAGAUGAAACUAGCUAAGGAGAAGCUACAAUUGCUCGAAGUAGCAACGCAGAGUUCUCAAGACGGUUCCUGGAUGCUUGCUACUGGCGUUAUCGAGCAAUACAAAAGAACAAACGCUUUCAAGCAGAGGCUUGACCGAAUCGAAGGAAAGCUUGACAGAGCCAACCGGUCGCUUCCCUUGCAAGAGAAACAGCGUAUCGAAAAGUCACGAACUGGCCAAUCGACAUAUGGUUUGACAAUGACUCCAAGGAAACAGAGACCCCGUCCAAUUCCGCUUGCUGAAGCUCUGACACCUCUAUCAAAGCUUACAGGUACUAGGGAACAAAAUGGUUUGUCGGCUCAGAAUUGGGGUGACAUGGCGUCGUCUUUGCAAGAAGUUGGAAGCCAGUAUUCCCGCACUGUUCGAGUGAGUGGUACUUCAAGUCUAAAGACACUCCGUGGAACUGAACCUGACAAACCUGCACCUAAGGCGCCGUCAGUUGUGAGAAGUUUGCUUUUGUCACCAAGUCAGGAGAGACCUUACUCGGCUCUUCCUCAAUCAUCAAGUGCUUCAUCUUCCACAAGCAUCACAAUCUUCUCACCAAAACCAAGAACAAAAACAAAAACACGUUCUGGAUGGGACACUGUUUCAACUUUGGACCAAGCUGUGGUACAGAAGUUGUCCUUUUCGGUUUCUGGUGAACUGAAAGAGGCGACGCUGGCCGAUGCUUCUCGCAAGAAGCUGGACCGAUUCGGAACAACCCCGGAGAAAGUCAAGCAAUCCAUUGACAUCAAGAAAAAUCAAUCUGCAUUUCCAACGCCAACUCGCUCCAAAGAACUAGCUACAGAGACGGAGCCAAAGACUCAAUUGCCAAAGAAGGAGGUAUCAUCAGCAGCCCUCCCACCGAUGUCAAGCAAAGCUCCAAUCAAUCCGUUUAGCAAAACAGCUCAAAAGUCGAGCGACUCAAAGCCUCCUAUGAAGCCCAAACAAGCAACUUCUUAUCCUCCCAUCUCAGCAGUGGCACCAAAACCCUUCACAGAUGAUAAAACAGGUACUUCCAGCAGCUCAGCCGUGCCAAAUAAAGAAACUCCACCGGUCCUGUCAGCACAGAGCGCUACCAAGACUGAUCCUUUCAGCACAGCGAGUAUGGGGAGCUCGCUCUUCUCUUCCGGUGUAAGUGGAAGCACACCGUCACCAUUUGGAGCAAAACCAACAUCAGAUUCGGUCAGCAAGGCCUCAGGUGCACCCGACUACAAUGCAAUUCUAAUUGCCUUUUAUCAAAAACACAACCCAGCAAAGGUAGCUGAAGUUGCCAAGACACUGGAGAAGUACAGGGGCAGAGAAGUCGAAAUGUUCCAGAAACUGGCAUCAAAAUACAAGGUCAAGAGCCCAUUGGAUGAGAGCCAGAGUAUGCCUGCUACAACCCCCGGAUUUGCCAACGCAAGUGCCGCAAAGUCUCCGUUCGGAAGCGCUGGUGCUCCUGCAAGCAAUACAGCAGCCUCUCCGUUCCAGAGUAGUGGACCGUCGAACACAUUGGGGUCAGCUUCACCAUUUUCGUCAGGAGGUGCCAUGAAUACUGCUUCCACGUUUGGAAAGCCACCUGCGUCGCCCUUUGGGCCUGCACCAGGUGCAGGCACCAUGGUAUCUUCUACACCAUUCGGAAGCUCAGCUCCACCAAGUACUCCUUUUGGAGGGGGUGGGCUCUCUUCGGCAACUCCUUUCGGUGGUGCUCCAAGCCCAUCUCCAUUUGGCCCUGCGGCCGCACCUACAAUGCAGCCAGCAGGGGUCACUCAAAACACUUUGCAAGGGAAAGAUCCACGAGAAAUGUUGAUGCAAUUCUACCAGCAGUACAACCCCAACAAGCUUGGAGAAGUUGAUAAAGUACUCACGAAGUACAAAGGACAGGAAGAGCAACUAUUUCGCAAUUUGGCAAAGAAAUACAGCUUGGAUCCUUCUGCUUUUGGUUUGCCACCAGCACCUACUGCUGUUGGGUUUGGAUCUCCUGCACCGGCUCCAGCUUCCUUUGGUCAGGCCUCUAGCUUUGGAGCUGCUUCCACUUCCACUUUCGGAGGAUCCAGCGGUUUUGGCCAACCAUCACAAAUGGGUUUCGGUUCACCAGGUGCAGCUGGAUCCAGUACAGCUUUUGGAUCUGGAAUGUCAGGUGCACAAGGCACCUCCUCUUUUGGAUCAUUGGCACAAUCACCGAGUCCUUCCCCCUUUGGCAAUUCCUCAAUGGGAGGGGGAGGAUUUGGUUCGCCAGCUCCAGCGUUUGGAGCACCUUCUUCAAUGGGAUUUGGUGGUGGCAGCACUCCAUUCGGAGCGGCAAGAAGAUAA